ACACGUGAGUCCCCCCGUGCACUCCAAAAGUGUCUCCCUCGCCUGUAAGCCCACAGCUGGAGUUUAAAAAGGGGGGGUUUCAAACGUUUCUUGGUAGAAAAAGGGAAAAGGGAAGAGAGGAGGAAAGUACAAAGGAAAUAAAAAGUCAGCAAGAUCAGGAUCGAUCGGAAUUUGAGUGCAGAGUUGGAGCGAGCUGUCAAUCAUGACAGAGAAACCCUCACUGGACGGCGGCGAGGACGGAACGUGGCUGACCGAGAGUGAGUCUCAAUCUCAGCUGGCGCUCAAUUCUGAAGCAAACGAAGCCGACGAUGGGGGGCGGCCGGCCUGGGAUUCCAAGAUCCAGUACGUGCUGGCUCAGGUGGGCUUCAGUGUGGGCUUGGGGAACGUGUGGAGGUUUCCAUACCUUUGCCACCAGAAUGGAGGAGGGGCUUUCAUGCUGUUGUACGUUUUUCUUCUGGUGGUGGUCGGCGUCCCCCUCUUCUUCAUGGAGUUGGCAGCCGGCCAGAGCAUCCGCCAGGGCAGCAUCGGCGUCUGGAAACACAUUUCCCCCAAACUGGCGGGUAUUGGCUAUUCCAGCUGCUUGGUUUGUUUUUAUGUGGCCUUGUACUACAACGUGAUUAUCGCAUGGAGUCUUUUCUACAUGGGCAACUCCUUCCAGUAUCCUCUGCCGUGGGAGAACUGCCCCAUUGAUGUGGCCACCAAUGACACAGUGAGAGAAUGCGCACAAAGUUCUGCAACAUCGUAUUUUUGGUUUCGGAAAGCUCUGAACAUCUCAAGUUCCAUUGAGGAGUCGGGGGAGUUUAAUUCCAUCAUGACGGGCUGCUUGUUGGCCGCGUGGACCGUCGUCUCCUUGGCGAUGAUUAAGGGUAUCAAGUCGUCUGCUAAGGUGAUGUACUUCUCCUCAGUCUUUCCCUACGUGGUGCUCUUCAUUUUCCUCAUCAGAGGUUUGACGUUGGAUGGAGCAAUAGAUGGUAUCACUUAUAUGUUUUAUCCCAGACUUGAGAUUUGGGGGAGCGUGCAGGUGUGGCGGCAGGCCGCCACCCAGGUGUUUUUUGCCCUGGGACUGGGGUACGGUUCCGUCAUUGCGUAUUCUUCCUACAACCCGAUCCAAAACAACUGUCACAGAGACGCUCUGCUGGUCUCAGGGAUCAACUUCAUGACGUCUGUCCUGGCCUCGCUUGUCGUUUUUGUCAUCCUGGGUUUCCGGGCCAAAAACAUCGCAAAGGGCUGCGUGGCUGAAAACGUUCGGCUUCUAAGCAACAUGUGGAAUACGGAGCAGGACCAUCUUUGGCAGCCAAGUUUCAACACGACCGAGCCGGCCUCCGUGUCUGUGUCGGACUACAGAGACUGGUACAGGCGCUACGGCGCCACGUUGCAUCUCAACAUCACCGACUGCAAUCUGGAGGAGGAGAUGAACAAGGGAGUGGAAGGGACAGGCCUGGCUUUCAUAGCGUUCACUGAGGUGAUGGCUCUCUUCCCAGCCAGCCCCUUCUGGUCCGCUCUGUUUUUCCUCAUGCUGCUCAACCUGGGCAUGAGCACCAUGUUCGGGACCAUGCAGGGAAUCCUCACACCGCUCAUGGACAAUUUCAAGCUGCUCGGACGCCACCGCACUUUACUCACCGUGUGCAGUUGUGCUUUGGGCUUCCUGCUCGGACUUUUGUUCACUCAGCGCUCGGGCAACUACUUUGUGGCCAUGUUUGACGACUACUCGGCCACGCUGCCCUUGGUCAUUGUCGUCAUCUUUGAAACCGUCAGCGUCUCCUGGGUUUACGGCACCGAUCGUUUCCUGGAUGAUAUUGAAGACAUGCUGAAAUGGCGUCCCCCGGUGGUGUACAAGUACCUUUGGAAAUAUGUGUGCUUGCUAGCCAUGAUGGGACUCCUGGCCGCAAGCUUGUUAAGGAUGGUCUUUAAAGGGCCCACCUACACCGCCUGGAAUGAAAGCACAGCCUCUGAGAUGACUUUGGACUACCCCGGUUGGGCUCUGGUUAUGAUCACCUUACUCAUAGUCUUUGCCAGCUUGCCGGUACCGAUCGGUUACAUACAAGCGUUGCUGCAGGACCGCAGACUGCGUAACACGGACACCAUGGAGGGGGCGGGCAAGGAGGUCAACCGCGACUUGUACACCAAGUGCAGCUCUGUCGAACAGCUGGAAUUCAACCCCCAACAAGCUAACACCGAGGAAGACGACCGCCGUCCCAGGACGACCUUCCUGCCGGCGGGCAGCGAGCACUAUCGCCUCUUGCCCCAGCAAGAGGAGCUCGACGACGAAGAGCAGGACACGGGGGUGUGAGGGUGUGGUCGCCCACCAGGGUGGAGGUUGUUUGGAAAGAGUUUCAAGUGAGAAAAACCCUGCGGGAGGGUUGGGACAAUGACGGAGGACAGCAUUAGACACAAUAGUUGGUUAGCUCAGGAAGCUACAUUGUUAGGAAGUGAAAAUCAUCGAGUUAUGGACGACCCCCUGAAAAGGUUUGCAAUUGUCUCUAGGUGCCAUAAAAUGCCAGCAAAGGGCUACUUUUUUAAAAUUAAGAUCCUCAAAUCGAUGUGUUAUUGCUUUGGCCUUAACACAAAACAGAGUACGCAGUAGGGGAAUUUUCAGCAAGUGAUGGUGGAUUGGUUACCCCCACCCCAAAAAAAAGAUCAGCAAAUUCACAACACCUGAAUAUGUGGGGGCGGCAUGGUGGAGCAGCUGGUAAAGCGUUGGACUCACAGUUCUGAGGACCCGGGUUCAAUCCCAUCCCCGCCUCUGUGGAGUUUGCAUAUUCUCCCCGUGCCUGCGUGGGUUUUCUCCGGGGACUCCGAUUUCCUCCCACAUCCCAAAAACAUGCAACAUUGAUUGGACACUCUAAAUUGCCCCUAGAUGUGAUUGUGAGUGCGAAUGCUUGUCUCUAUGUGCCCUGCGAUUGGCUGGUGACCAGUUCAGAGUGUACCCAGCCUCCUGCCGGUUGACAGCUGGGAUAGGCUCCUGCACUCCCUGCGACCCUUGUGAGGAUAAGCGGCAAAGAUGAUGGAUGGAUGAAUAUGUGGGCUUUCACUUCACAUCUCGCCACCAAAAGGAGACAAACUGUUUCAAAUGAGCGCUAAAUGUCACAGAAGCCGGUCAAAAGAACGGCUGUUAUUGUAAAUAAGUGCAAGAGGCAUAUUUAAAUAAAACACGUUACAAAAAGUA